CGCUGGGGGGAAAGGGGGUUCGAUCAGUACCUUGGACAGGGGCACUGGGUUAGGCAGAGGUGGGAGCACCCCAGGUAUCUGCCUCGACUCCGGAGUGAAUCCUGUAGCCCUUAAAAGGCGGCUAUCCCUGAACAUCAGCUUACACUGAAAGAUCAGGCUGAAGGAGAGACUCUCGUUUAGGAAGCUGAUCGCACUUGUAACCAAGCCCCAGUUCUGUCGCCUCUUUGGAGCUGGCUGAAGUUGCAUUCCUAGCGGCGCAGGCUGGAAUAGGGGGCAAAAAGAGUCUUGCAAGCUCCGGGGGUUGGUAUAACGGUGUCAACUUUGGGAAAUGCAAGUGUUUAUCUCCAAGAUCUAGCCACUGCUUGUGGUGUUAGCUGUGACUAAGUUCCACCAAGUAAGAAGAGUGAUGACCAUCCUUUUCCUUACUAUGGUUAUUUCAUACUUCAGUUGCAUGAAAGCUGCCCCUAUGAAAGAAGCAAGUGUCAGAGGACUAGGCAGCUUGGCUUACCCAGGUCUUCGGACCCAUGGGACUCUGGAGAGCCUAAGUGGGCCCAACACUGGUUCAAGAGGACUGACAUCAUUGGCAGGCACUUUUGAACAUGUCAUAGAGGAGCUUCUAGAUGAGGAGCAGGACAUCCAGCCCAGUGAGGAAAACAAGGAUGCCGACUUGUACACGUCUCGGGUUAUGCUAAGCAGUCAAGUGCCUUUGGAGCCCCCAUUGCUCUUUCUGCUUGAGGAGUACAAAAAUUACUUGGAUGCAGCAAAUAUGUCCAUGAGGGUCCGGCGCCACUCUGACCCUGCUCGCCGUGGGGAGCUGAGCGUGUGUGACAGUACUAGUGAGUGGGUAACAGCAGCAGAGAAAAAGACUGCAGUGGACAUGUCUGGUGCAACGGUUACGGUCCUGGAAAAAGUCCCAGUACCCAAAGGCCAACUGAAGCAAUACUUCUAUGAGACCAAAUGCAAUCCCAAAGGUUACACAAAAGAGGGUUGCAGGGGCAUAGACAAGAGGCAUUGGAAUUCCCAGUGCCGAACUACCCAGUCUUAUGUGCGAGCUCUCACCAUGGAUAACAAAAAGAGAGUUGGCUGGCGGUUUAUAAGAAUAGACACUUCCUGUGUAUGUACAUUGACCAUUAAAAGGGGAAGAUAGUGGAUUCGUGUUGUAUAGAUUAUAUUGAGACAAAAUUAUCUAUUUGUAUAUAUACAUAACAGGGUAAAUUAUUCAGUAAAAUAAUAAUUUUAUGGACUGCAUGUAUAACUGAAGUUUAUACAGUACAGUGGUUCCACAAUCUAUUUAUUGAACAUAUCCAUGACCUGAAGGGGAACAAACGUCAUUUGCGCACAACUAAAACAAAUAAGUCUCUGCAUUACAUUCCUCGAUAACAUUGUGGUUUGUUGCCGUUGCCAAGAAUUGAAAACGUAAAAAGUUUAAAAAAAUAAUAAAAUUGCAUGCUGCUUCAAUUGUGAAUUGAUGAUAAACUGUCCUCUUUCAGAAAAAAAAUUUGAACCAAAACAUUCCGUUUACAUUUUAGACAGUAAGUAUCUUUAUUCCUGUUAGUAUUAUAUCCGUUUACUGCUUUUACCUUCUGAUAGCGUUGGAAUUAAAACAAUGUCAAGGUGCUGUUGUCAUAGUUUUACUGUUUUAUUUUUUUACUUUUAAAUUCCCAUGAGGUUGGAAAAGGGAAAAAAAAUCGUUAGAUACAUGUUCUGGAUGAAACAAUUUGUUUUUGUUUUUUUGUUUUGUUUUUUUUUUGUUUGUUUGUUUGUUUUUUUGGAUGUUGUGAAGGUGUUUGCAAUAUUGAAUCAGGCUACUGACUAAAUAAAUAAAUAAAUUUAAAAAAAGAGGCAACUGAAAAAGAAUCCUGAUGUUCCGCUUCACAUUGCUGAGCUGCGGGCUUAAGGACAGCGCUUGUGUAACUGUCUGGCUCCAGGCUUUUUUUUUUUUUUAAGGCUACACUGUGAAAAAACUGCAUUUGCUUAUAUCACAUUGGUUUGUGUGGGGAGGAGGGGCUUGGGGGAGGAGUUCUUUGGAGUUUCUCCCUUCCCCCUCCCCCCCCCGCCCCCGGCCCCUUCCUGUCUUGGGCAGGAAAUUGAUUGCCAUCUCUAAAAUAUUUCACUCCUCACCGUAUGACUAAAGCUUGUCAUACUGAAAAUAUCGUAUAGAGUGUUGAAAGCAAUUACUUAAAAUGGAAUAAAAGCCUUUUUGUGCUUGGAUCAAAUGUUUUGUUGAAGCACAAUAAAAUUUCACGAUAAUGUGGUCUGAACAGAGUACAGUAAACGUAGAUCAGAGCGGCUACAGGGUGGGACAGUGUGGGCCAAAUUCAGUUACGAGUUACAACAGAUUGGGUUGAGUGGGGCUGCAUGAGUGUAAAUCUGCAAUGAAUUUGGCACCAUGUAUUCAGCGGCAGAGCAAUGCCCCUGCCCAGCAUACUGAUGUCUGUACUAUAGCCUAAUUCCCCACUGAUGACAAAGGAAACAUCUAAUAUGCUCCAUCCCUUGAGUUUCUGGGAAAUAUAGCACUUGAGAAAUUGAGAGAAUUCAGGCCUGAAGGAUCAGGAGGGGUGACUCUGGAAUGAAGUAGAAAGAGGAUUCUACCUCUAACUUUAAGUACUGAAUAUAUUUGAAUACGUUCAAGAGGUUCUAUAUCUUAAGGCGCAGUACAUGGCAGAUUUAAUCCAUUAAACGAAUAGCAUCAUGAAUAAAUAAGACUGUAAAAAAAAAAAAAAAAAAAGGUAGGUGUGAUCGUCACCAUUAGUGAUAGCUAACACCAAAUCAAGCAAUGUCCUAGAAGUCGAAUAGCAUGAAAUCCAUAUUUUUGAGUUAGAAACCAGAGCAAAGAUGAUUGAACAAAGGAUAAAUGUAGGUAAGGACUAAGUACAGCAAUUGCAGUGAAUACAGUGGGGGAAACACACAGUCUAGAGUGAGAGAAAGUAGCUCACCCUCUACUCAAGUAACUGGUAGUUAGUGAGUCCAUUAGCCCAAUAGUUCAGCUUUGUAGGCAAUUCAGGUAGGUGUGAGAAAAGAGAUAAGAGAAAAAAUAGGUAAAACAAGGACACUUACAAUUUGCUAUACUUCCAAAAUUUAUACAUCCAGAAUUUAAUAUUAGCAAACUAUGUGCCCUAUUUUGCAUCUCUAUUUUAAAUCGCCUGUGAUCAGGCUUAUUGUAAAAUGUAUUCCCUUCUCACAAAUUAUCCCUGGACAUAUGUUCAGCACCAUGUAACCCACCUAUUUGAUCAAUAUACAAGUAGACAUUAUCCCAUAAAUUAACCCAAUCAUCCUUGUCAGCUAAGGAUUGACUAAAUAAAUGGUCCUUCUACUAAAAGUAAACAGACUCUGGAUCUGUCAGUUUAGCAGAAUAAAUGACUACCAGAAUUUAGCUGCCCCACCUGCUCAAUGACAACUUCUUUCUCCAUCCUCAAUAUGUUUAAGCUUAGGGACUGCUAGCAAGAGUGUGCUGCUGCAACUGUGGAAAUCCACAGGGAUAAAGAGAGACAUUUAUCUGAACCUCUUGAAGCUGCAAACUUCAGGCUUUAUGAAGAGAUUUCAGGCAUGCUGUUCCUAGAUGGAAACUAGAACUAAAGUAUUUACCUGAAGAUCUCAGAGGCAGUGCUCCAGUUUGAGUUUGCUUUAUACAAACUGAAGGAUUGGUUGGGAGAGGAUUUGAUUUUGUUCAAAUCAUUUGGUCCACCAUCAGUUUUGUGUAUGUCUUUCCAUACUCUUUCUGUAGACAGAAGGGGUGAAAUUCUGUCCCCACUGAAGUCAAUGAAAGUUUUGCCGUUGACUUUAAUGAAGCUGGAAUUUCAGCCAGGAAGGGCAACUGACUCUACUGAGGUCUAACUUUAGAUGUGACAAUGGUUUUAUUGUCUCAUAUUUUUCAAACCACAAAAAUUAAAAAAGGCAGCCAUGUAGAAAACAGGAAGGGGUGAAAUUAAGCAGUGUAUAGGUGUAUUACCUAUUUCUUAACUUGGCAGUGAAAGGACAGAUAGAACAUGACAGGAAUCUAAUUUGGACAUAAGAUUAAAAUAAUUUCAAAUUGACUUUAAUAAGCUUUUAUGAGAGAAGUGAUUGUUUCUUUAAAUAUAAUUUAUACUAGAAAGAACAAAGAUAGUGAACUUGCAAAAUUAUCUAUAGAUGUCUUUACUCAAACAAAACUCUCAGCCAUUAUUAGGCCAGAUGUAAAUUGUUAAGAAUACUGUACAUUGAUCUAUGUCCAAAUUCUGCCACUCUUACUCUUGAGUAAUUGGAUUUAAUGGGUCUACUUAUGGAGUAGCUUAUUAAACAAAGUAAGUAAAGGUUGAAGAAUCUGACUUCUAUUUUCUUUAAUAAUUGUACAUUUUAAAAAAAUCCAUAGAUUCAUUCUUUUGGGACAGGAAUAGCAAAUGAAUCUUCUAUGCAAGUAUAUUAAUGUGUUACAAAUUAUUCCCUAAGGUGUUGGUAUUUACAAUUACAAUCAAUGAACUAGGCAAUUAAUUACAAUAUGGUUCCAUGACUGUCACAUGCGGGGCCUAAUACAUACAUGAUCCCAGGCUUGGCAGUUUUAGUUGAAAUGAGAUAUUUCUUAAAAAGUCACUCAAUUGAAGUCUUGCUGUGGUCUGUUUGUGGCAAAGGUAUUUCAUUCAUGUCAGCAGGCCUAUUGCUUUGUUAAAGUAAAGACUUUCGUGCAAAUGUAAGUUAAUGUCUGUGGACCAGUUCUCUAUUAUUCACCAUGUGUAACAAAUAUUUAUUGUAUAUUUAUAUAAUGUUAUGUUUUUUGGGAAACAUUGAAGUUGGCAUUAAAACUUAAAAGUAUCUGCA